AUGUCGCUGUCCCACCUGUACCGGGAGGCGGCGGAGGGCGGGGGCGGCGGGGAUGAGGACGAGGACGAGAUGGAGGCCUUCGAAAUCACCGACUGGGACCUCCAGAACGAGUUCAACCCCAACCGCCAGCGCCACCGGCACACCAAGGAGGCCGCCAUCUACGGCAUCUGGGCCGACCGCAACUCCGAUGACGAGAGGCCCAGUUUUGGUGGCAAAAGAUCGCGGGACUAUUCGGCCCCCGUGAACUUCAUCAGCGCCGGGCUGAGGAAAUCGGCAGCGGAGGAGGAGGAUGAGGAGGAGGAUUCGGAUGAGGAGGAGAAGCCCGUGAAGCAGGAGGAGCUCCCCAAAGAGUUCGGGCCGAGGAAGCUGAAGACGGGUGGCAAUUUCAAACCCAGCCAGAAAGGGUUUUCCGGAGGGACCAAGUCCUUCGUGGACUUCGGCAGCUGGGAGAGGCACACCAAAGGCAUCGGACAGAAGCUCCUGCAGAAGAUGGGUUACGUCCCAGGAAAGGGCCUGGGGAAGAACGCCCAAGGCAUCAUCAACCCCAUCGAAGCCAAGCAGAGGAAAGGGAAGGGGGCGGUGGGAGCCUACGGCUCGGAGCGCAGCGCGCAGUCGCUGCAGGAUUUCCCUGUCGUGGACUCCGAGGAAGACGCCGAAGAGGAGUUCCAGAAGGAACUCAGCCAGUGGCGCAAGGAUCCCGGCGGAGGCAAGAAGAAGCCCAGAUAUGCCUACAAGACGGUGGAGGAGCUGAAGGCCAAGGGCCGGCUCAGCAGGAAGUUGGCCGCCCCCUCGAAGGAGCUCUCCCAAGUCAAGGUGAUCGACAUGACGGGCCGGGAGCAGAAGGUGUACUACAGCUACAGCCAGAUCGGCCACAAGCACAGCAUCCCGGAGGACGGGGGCGCGCCGGGGGGCGCGGGGACGGCCCCGCUGCCGGCCGCCGCCGCCUCCUCCUCCGGCCGGGCCCCCGGCUUCGCCCUGCCCGAGCUGGAGCACAAUCUGCAGCUGCUGAUUGAGCUGACGGAGCAGGAGAUCAUCCAGAACGACCGUCAGCUACAGCACGAGCGGGACACGGUGCUGGCCCUGGGCCACGAGCUGGAGGAGGCGGGCCAGGCGCUGGCCCGCGAGGAGGCCCUCAUGGCCAACCUCAGCCGGGUCCUGGAGCUGGUGGAGGAGUGCGAGAGGCGCAUGCGGCCCGGCUGCCCCCGGCCCCUCACCCUGCCCGACUGCGCCGAGGUCUUCGAGACCCUGCGCGACCGCUUCCGCGAGGAGUACCACAUGGCCGACCGCGUCGACCUGGCCGUGGCCAUCGUCUACCCCCUCGUCAAGGACUACUUUAAGGGCUGGGACCCCCUCAAGGACUGCACCUUCGGCACCGAGAUGAUGGCCAAGUGGAAGAGGCUCCUGGAAAAUGACCAGCUGCUGUCUCACGGAGGCCAGGACCUGGCGGCCGACGCCUUCCACAGGUUGAUGUGGGAAACGUGGAUGCCGUUGGUCCGGAGCAUCGUGGCCCAGUGGCAGCCGAGGAAUUGCGAAGCCAUGGUGGACUUUCUGGACAGCUGGCUCCACAUCAUUCCCGUCUGGAUCUUCGAGAACAUCCUCGACCAGCUCAUUUUCCCCAAACUCCAGAAAGAGGUGGAGAACUGGAACCCGCUGACGGACACGGUCCCGAUCCACUCGUGGGUGCACCCUUGGCUGCCACUGAUGCGUGCCCGCCUGGAGCCCCUGUACGCCCCGAUCCGGGCCAAGCUGGCCAGCGCCCUGCAGAAGUGGCAUCCCAGCGACACCUCAGCCAAGCUCAUCCUGCAGCCCUGGAGGGAGGUCUUCACGCCCGGCUCCUGGGAGGCCUUCGUCAUCAAAAACAUCGUGCCUAAGCUCGGCAUGUGUCUGAACGAGCUCCUCAUCAACCCACACCAGCAGCACAUGGACGCCUUCUACUGGGUCAUGGACUGGGAGGGCAUGAUCUCCGCCUCCAGCCUGGUGGGGCUCCUGGAGAAGCACUUCUUCCCCAAGUGGCUUCAGGUGCUGUGUUCGUGGCUCAGCAACAGCCCCAAUUAUGAGGAAAUCACCAAGUGGUAUUUGGGUUGGAAGUCCAUGUUCUCAGACCAGGUGCUGGCCCACCCGGCCAUCAAGGACAAGUUCAACGAAGCCCUCGACAUCAUGAACCGGGCCGUCUCUUCCAACGUCGGGGCCUACAUGCAGCCCGGCGCCCGGGAAAACAUUGCCUACCUGACGCACACGGAGCGCCGCAAGGACUUCCAGUACGAGGCCAUGCAGGAGCGCCGCGAGGCAGAGAACAUGGCCCAGCGUGGCAUUGGGGCCGCCGCCGCCGCCGGCUCCGUGCCCAUGAACUUCAAGGACCUGAUCCAGACCAAGGCCGAAGAGCACAACAUCGUCUUCAUGCCCGUCAUCGGGAAGCGGCACGAGGGCAAGCAGCUGUACACCUUUGGCCGCAUCGUCAUCUACAUCGACCGGGGCGUCGUCUUCGUCCAGGGCGAGAAGACCUGGGUGCCCACCUCCCUCCAGAGCCUCAUCGACAUGGCCAAGUAGGCCAGCCCCCUGCCUGUGAUCUCGGGGCGCCGUCAGUAGCGAGAAUAAACGGGGACGUUUGGA